CUUUCCCUCCCUUCGCUUCGUGACAAACUUCCAACUUCUCUUUACCCACGCAUUCUGGACGUUUCCAAGACCCCGAUUCUCCCAUCGCCAACGGUCUACAUCGGUCUUGACUCGCCUUCCAUUCCAUUGCUAUUCUACCCAAACCACUAACCCCUCAGCACCAUGGCUGACCAGGAGGGACUCGAGGACGAUCUCUUCGCGGAUCUUUACGAUGCCGACGAAUCCACAAACCGUGCAACUUCCGCAGUGGAGGCUCCAAAGCCUGCUGAGCCUGUCCCGGCAGCAGUCCCUGCGCAAGAGUCCGCCGUCCCGAGCUAUGACCCUUCGCCCGUGGACACGUACCCUACAUACGCCGCUCCCCAGCAAGACUACAGCGCAGGUGGCUACAAUGGGGCGGAUCAUGCCCACACCCAGCACUCUGCGGUGGGACACCCGGUGGAACACGAAGAGUCCAGAUCAGGAACGGGAAUCAAAGAAGACGGAAAAAUGUUCAUUGGUGGAUUGAACUGGGAGACCACAGAUCAAUCUCUUCGUGACUACUUCUCGCAAUUCGGUGAGGUCCAGGAAUGUACUGUGAUGCGUGACAGCGCCACCGGCCGCUCUCGUGGCUUCGGUUUCCUUACUUUCCGUGACCCCAAGACUGUCAACACGGUCAUGGUGAAGGAGCAUUACCUAGAUGGCAAGAUCAUCGAUCCCAAGCGCGCCAUCCCUCGCGACGAACAAGAGAAAACGAGCAAAAUCUUCGUCGGCGGCGUCAGCCAAGAAGCCACGGAACAGGACUUCAAACAAUUCUUCACCCAAUUCGGCCGCGUCAUCGACGCAACGCUCAUGAUCGACAAGGACACCGGCCGCCCCCGCGGCUUCGGUUUCGUCACUUUCGACAGCGAAGCCGCGGUCGAGAACGCACUCUCCCGCCCCCUCGAGAUCCUCGGCAAAACCAUCGAAGUCAAGAAAGCCCAGCCACGUGGUAACCUGCGGGACGAGAACCGCGGCGGCCGCGGCGGUCGCGAUAACUACCGCGAUAUGAAUCAGGGCGGGGAUUCGGGCCCACAGCAGGGUGGUGCUGGGGCUGGACAGCAGGGCAUGGCGGGUGGUAUGACACCGCAAAUGAUGGCACAGUAUUGGCAGCGUAUGCAGCAGUACUUUGCCAUGAUGCAGCAGCAGAUGGCCAUGGGCGGUGGACAAAUGAACAUGGGCGCGAUGAAUCCGGCUAUGCUUCAGCAAAUGCAGCAGAUGCAGAUGAAGCAGAUGCAGCAGAUGGGCGGUGCCCAGCAACAGGGGCAACAGCAGCCCGGCGGUAUGAGUCCGAACCCGGCCUCGCCCGGCGCUCAACAGGCCAUGCCCAAUAUGAUGAACCCGGCCAUGAUGCAGCAAAUGCAGCAGGGUCAACCCCAGGGCCAACAGGGCGGAGCAGGCGGUAGUGACGGCGCCAGUCCCGGCGCGGGAUAUAACCGCCAACAACCCGGUGGACCGGGCUACAAUGCGCAGGAACAAAUUGCCUUUGAACAGCAGAAAUACGAGCAACAGCAGCGCCGCGUGAUCGAUCCCAGCCGCGGUUACUCGCCAUAUCAGCAGGGUGGCCCGACUUCAUGGGAGGGUAUGUAUGACGAGGUCCCUCAGCCGAACAUCCCCACCGGUCCGCAGGGUAUGGUUCGUGGUGGUAGCAUGGGUCGUGGCGCAACCCCCCAACCAAGCGCCGCCCCCGCCAACGCCCCAACGGGCCCACGCAACGCCGGCAAGCCCGGCGCAAACUACCGCGGCGGCGGCCGUGGCGGACACCGUGGAUUCCAUCCUUAUUCUCGGUAAUAAAAGAAGAAAAAAAAAAAAAAAAAGACCAGCUUAGGCUUGGCUGUGCCUGUAUUCAGAUCGUAUCCGGGAGGACAUCUGGGAGUAUCUAGUCUAGUCCCGCUUCCUCGGGGCCUGGGGUUAUGGGGUUUUCUUUUCUUGUUUCUUCUAUGCUAUGUCUUCCUUCUUCUUCCUCUUUCCUCUUCCACCUGUCACCUGUUAUACUUAUCCAUGAACAUGACCCCGGGCCCUGGACUUGAAGUUGGAACUUACUGUUCUGUGCUGCUAUUCUUUCAAAUGCCACCCGCUACAUGCUACACUUUCCGUGUGCUUAUUCUUAUCCAUCUUCCUACUCCUAUUUCUUUUCCUGUUCCUGGUAUCCCAUUUCAAAAGGAACAUCCAGGGCUAUGGGUGCGGCUUUCCGGGCUUUUCUUCUCGUCCGUGUUUCUUCUACUUCGUUUUGUUCCCUUGUUCGUUUCUACGGGAAUCUGCGAGAGAUAUGCGAGGGGCAUGGUGGUGGUUUCCUCUUCAUUUUUCUCAAUUUCUUUGUCCAGAGUUAUCAAAAUGGGAUGUAUCUCUAUGUUUUUGCAUCGGGGGUGACAGAUUGGUCGUGGAUGGGGC